AUGGAUCCCCCACCCACUGCACCACCCAUGGCUCAGCCGUAUUCCCCAGGGCAAGCGAUGUAUCCACCAGCGUACCCCCCGGGUCAGUAUCCAGUGGUAACUCAACAACCGGCACCGUAUGCACAACAGACUAGCAACACCACUGUAGUGUUGAGUCAACAACAAGUAGUGGUGCAACAGGGACAACGGAAUUGGAGCUCUGGAUUGUGUGGUUGCUUUGAGGACUGUACCUCUCGUAAGUAUUCUUUAAGCGGUACUCAAAUGAGUUAAUGUGGCGUUAAUAAUAGUAACUAAUUCACAUUCGCAUAAAAGCCAACUUAUGCCUUUUGAUGGAUAAGUUAUGGGUGAAAAAUUUUACAUAAGGCAUAGGGUGGGCUGAUAGAGAAAAUUUGCCAGCGCCGCUGAAGGGGAGGAGGGUGGGAAAACUUGCUUGUCCGUUGUAGAGUAGACUUGCGAGAAGACGUCGAAUUUGUUUGCUAGGGCGUAUAAAAGGCCUAGGGAAUUUCUCUGGGGACCGUAAAGGACCAAUAGACUGCUUUAAAAGGGAGCACGCAGUAAUCUAGUCGAUUAAAUCGUCACGCGGCGGCUUUUACACGAAUGAGAAUAGUUAUAACUUUAUUUAUUAAGUGUUAGUAUUUCUUGCUCGAAUCUACUCAUUAAGGGCAGUAUUCAGUCACGUAUCACGCCUAAUGGAUACGGCUCCGCCAUUUUUACGUGGUCAUCCUAGCCACGUGAAGCGGUUUAUCCGUUUCCAAACCAUAGACAAUACCUUCUUACUCAGUUUUCUUAAGACCCCAGACCCCAAGUACUGGUCCGGAUCCGGAAAUCGAAUGCGCGACUUUCCGCUCUGCAAACAAACGCUGUUCCACCUGAGCUAACCCAGCCACGUUUAUUUUAUUUUGCUUGUGUUUCAAGUGUGUAUGGGCCUUUGUUGUCCUUUCUUCCUGCUGACCGAUGUUUCGUCCAGGAUGGGCGAAGGAUGUUGCUUUCCUUGUUGUUGCCCAGGUGCAUUGUUGGGACUCAGGAUCAAGCUAAGAGUGCAAGAGAAUAUUCAGGUAUUCGACAGGCAUUAAGAGCUUAAAAAAACAACCUCGUUUUAGGGGACUAGCUUCAGUUCUUUAAGGAGCUUUGUCCCCCUUUUGUGACUGAAGUUAAAUCAAGCCAUUUAAUAAAAAGAUGCCACCAAUUGAAUUGAAUGAAAAAUGAAAAUAACCAAUCCAUCAAAACGGUAAAAGAACAUGUAAAUAACACAGCAGAAGACCUUUUUUACGGCACCCAUAUUGUUAAGCACAGUGCAAACCUGAGAAACCACCCGUUUAUUAUAAGCCCUAAAUUUUAUGUUUUAGGCUUUAAGGCGCUCUAGUGAAAAGCGUUCUCGAAGCUUAUGUGAUUAUUUUUUUGUGAGAGCCCUUUAAACUACAUUACGGGAACUGGCUGAUUUACCAGGAGCCAUACAACUUUUCUUUAAUAUAUUUAAUCGUUAAUUAUCGCCUCGACCGCACCUUCAGACUUCAAAAGAACCUUAACCUUAAAAGGAGGCAAUGAGGGCCAAUUUUCACGACGAAAAAAAAACUAAUAUCUGAGUUUUCCACCAUUUUUUAUAUCAACGGCCUGAUUAAGAACAUAGGCACGUUCAACGUGCAUGAGCUAUUUUGAAUGCUUCAGUGUAACUAUAAUACUUCGGUGUAACCUUACCAAGAGUGAUGAAUCUACCUUUUUCAUCCUAAAUGUAGAUUUGGUUUUUGUGCGAAAUUGGGUAUUGCGCUACAUAAAUGAAAACGCGAAACGCUCAGCUGAGUCGAUCCUCAACCUAUGUAUUCACUUUCCUCUGUGUUUCCCAGUUACAUCUGGUGCAAGUUAAACAAAUUGCUAAAGUAAAAUAAAUUUCUACUCACCAAACGUUGAUUAGAAGGAAAACUCUAAGGUUUCCUCGGAGUUUCUUAAGCCAAAAUGUGACUCAUCGAAUACUGAAUAGUUACGAAAUACCAGGAUUUUUAUCAUUGAGGUAGAUGGUUGCGUCAUCAUAAUUCACGAGGUUUUCAAGUGCGAUUCUACUCAGUGAAACAGUCUUUAACUCCGACAACUUAUUUCUUCAUGUUUUAAAAGCUAUUGCUUCUUAAAAGGCAAGAGCCUUUUUUAAGGCAUUGGUUACAAAACGAAACAGGUCUUCAUACGUCCAAGUUACUAUUUAUCAUUGUGAAAAGCCAAUCUGCAUGAGAUGUACAGUCACCCAGCUGGCACGUGAAAGUGUUGGACUUUGUCCCCUUUCGUGGUUCGUACGUGAGGGAAUUCGAGUUAUCACACAAUAAACUAGUAAACAGAAUUAUAAAAAUAACUCUUGCACACAAUUUGCACGUGAAGAUGUUGGUCUUUGGCCCUUUUACAAUUCGUACGUUAAAAAAAGGCAAAUUGUUUACUACAAAAUUUUCUCAAGCGAUUUUAAGAAAUCACCUCGGCUUCAUUACAACAUCUGCAAUUAAAUUAUGUUUCAUGCAAUGUCAAGGUUGAUAACCUAACAUUUAUUAACAUUUGUGAGACAGUCUUUAACUCCGACAACUUAUUUCUUCAUGUUUUAAAAGCUAUUGCUUCUUAAAAGACAAGAGCCUUUUUUAGGGCAUUGGUUACUAAACGAAACAGGUCUUUAUACGUUCAAGUCACUAUUACUAUUGUGAAAAGCCAAUCUGCAUGAGAUGUACAGUCACACAGAUGGCACGUGAAAGUGUUGGACUUUGCCCCCUUCCGUGGUUCGUACGUGAGGGAAUUCGAGUUAUCACACAGUAAUCGAGUAAACAGAAUUAUAAAAAUAACUCAUGCACACGAUUUGCAUGUGAAGAUGUUGGUCUUUGGCCCUUUUACAAUUCGUACUUUAAAAAAACGCAAAUUGUUUACUACAAAAUUUUCUCAAGCGAUUUUAAGAAAUCACCUCGGCCUUAUUACAACAUCUGCGAUUAAAUUAUGUUUCAUGCAACGUCAAGGUUGAUAGCCUAACAUUUAUUAACUUCCAAGAAAAUUAUCAAACUGCCGAAAUAUAUUUCUGCUCAUAUCAUGUUACUCCACUCAAUAAAGCAGUACCUAAUUAUUGUGUCAACUAGCUUCUUCCAAUAUUAUUCCCUAACGCUACUGUUUCUACUUAAGUUUAUACGCAUCUUUACUAAAUAAAAUACGUUUCAAUAACUAUAAUGCUUAGUAUACAGGAAGGAUGUAUCAUGUUGUUCACUUAUUACUCCUUUUUGUUGUUGUUUUGCCGGAACGAAAAAGGUCUGUUGAACUUUGUAAGCGAGAGAAUAAUAUUUCUACAGCUUGUUUACAGGAUUAACAAUACUCGGUACAGCUUUUAAAAAAAUAAGCUGCUUUUCAAACUUCUAAAACCACAUUUUAUAGGCCGCAUACUUUCGAAUUAAAGUCCAUAUCUAAAUAUCAAUUAUUGCUUCACUGGAAGAGCUUGGAAAAUAUAUGAUCGUUUAUACUCUACCUUGAAGCAGGUGAAACACAACUCAUAAAUACGCGCGUGGUACCGUUCGCGAUAGCCGAAUUCGGUCAGAAAUGUCUUGAAGUAGCAUCCACACUAAAAUAUGAACCCUUAAACAGCUGCAUCACUGUACACAGCGUUUGAAUCAUGAAGAAUCAAGAAUUAAAGAAUCAAGAUGGCGGUCUUAAAGUGCCCUUGUUCGACCUUUAGCAUUGUGAUUUUUAAGUAGAUGCCAAGAUCUCAUUGGUUCCUUAGCAUCAACUCAUAGUACCUUCAACCUUAUUGGCUCUUGCAACAAACAUCCGAACAUACAAAGUUACAAAGAUACAAAGUUACAAAGUUACAAAGUUACAAAGAUACAAAGCCACAAAGAUACAUACGCUCACACCACUGACAUAUGAGCUAUUUUUUCAAAAUAGCUCAAUAAUAGAGUUCUCUAUAAGAAAAUACAGAAGCAAUACCAAAAAGUUGCUUUUCGAAACUGCCACAGUUGCGUCUAUAACUGCGAUUAUCUUUUAAAGAAUAAGAUUAAAACACUACUUUUUAGAGAGGCUUUUAUUAGUUAGUUGACUACCCUUUUUUCUUUUAUUGCAUAUAUUUUCCUUAGUUAAUCUUAGCAAGUCGAUUGUAUCUUAUUUUUUAGAAAUUUUUUUCUACAAAUGUUAUAUGUUUUCUUUAAUAACUCAAAUAUUUUUAUUUAUUUUAUUUUAUUUUAUUUUUUUUAUUUUUUUAUUUUUUUAGAAUUACGAUUAUUGUAAAGCGUCAUUGAGCUCACGGAAAUGGCACCAUACAAAUUCUUGUAUUAUUUAUUUAUUUUGUCUUAAUUCUUUCGUGUAGUUCUUCACCCCACAUUUCCUGUAUAUGAUUUUCAUAUAAUCAUUAUUUCAAUACCAAAAACAGGAUAAUUCACCCAUGACUGACUUCAUUUCAUCCAUUUGCAGGGCUCCCUUUUUGACGAUUAUUGUGCGGUUGAGUGUUGUCCGCUUUGUGUUCUCUGUCAGCUGGCCCGUGAGCUUAAUCACGUGCAACGCCGCGGUUAACUCCUACCAAGCUGCCUUACCUACAAGAAACGCCAGCUUUGUUCUCAAGAGUUACCGUCUCCAUGGAAAGACAAUCGCGGGAUUUAGAGUAGUUAGGGCGGUUCUCUUUCAGUUUUCUAUAUUUUUGUAGAGGAUGCUACGGUAAUGCCAUGCUGUAUAGUGAGUAUAGCUAGUAGAGCUAAAACUGCAAUGAGUAAAACAAAAUUAAAAGUUGACAAAUGCCUUCGUUUGUAUUUCGUCUAUAACAGAAAAGCAUAGACUCAGUACCCUUUAGCGUGCACAUAGCCUGCG